UUUUUACCCUUUAACUUUUUGUCUGAAAAUGUAAUUUACAUUUUACUCAACUGCGUUACCCACUCCAGGCAGCAGAGGGCGGUCUGCGACUUGAAGGCAAUGAUGCUGGUGUGACGUAUAAUCUAGUGGACGGAAUGCUUCUUUCAACAGCAGCAACAGUUAGUCAGACACCUCGGUAGCUUGUUAGACAAAAUAGACGAACCAAUAAAGCUCUUUAGACGCUUUAGUGGAUAUUAGCCACUGUGUUUUAAACCCACUUCUGUCGUCUAGUUAGUUAUCCGAUUUAAUUUCAUAUUUACGGUGUUGUUGUUAUUAGUCAGCUAGCAGGCUGGUUAGGUUAGCAUUAGCCUAGCUAGCUAGCAUUCCAGACCAUGAGUUCACUAAGCUACUCUCCUCCUGAUAAAGAAGAGAUGGUCUGCUGGACGGAGAAAGAGGGUCUGUGGCUGAACGUUGUCGUGAAAGAGGAGGAGGAAGAGGAGGAUGUCACAAUACAAAAACAAGUAGAGGAUGUUACAGUGAAAGAAGAGAAAGACGUUACUGUGAAAGAAGAGGAAGACGCGUUCAGAGUGAAAGAGGAGGAGGAUGUUACAGUAAAAGAAGAGCAAAGAGGGGGUUUUAGUGAGGCUGGAUAUCUGGGCCCGGUUUCCCAAACGUAUCUUAAGGCAUCCAAUGAAUGGACCCUGAUUAAGACUAGAGAGAGAAGUGACUAUCGUGGAUCCUCUGGGGAGCCUCAACAACCUCAUGAUGCUGACGAGGCAGAGAAGAGUCUCUCCAGAUCAGAACACCUCAAUAAACACCUGCAGAGAUCCACAGGGAAGAGAACUCACUGCUGCUCUGACUGUGGGAAGAGAUUCACCUCAUCAGGCAUUAACAUUCAUCAGGGAACACACACAGGAGAGAAAAGUUAUAGCUGUGUUCAAUGUGGGAAGAGUUUUGGUCAAUCUUCCCAGCUGACUCACCAGGGAACACACACAGGAGAGAAACCUUACAGCUGUGUUCAAUGUGGGAAGAGUUUUGGUCGAUCUUGCCAUCUGACUCAACACCAGAGAACACACACAGGAGAGAAACCGUAUAGCUGUGUUCAAUGUGGGAAGAGUUUUGGUCAAUCUUUCCAUCUGACUCAACACCAGAGAACACACACAGGAGAGAAACCUUAUAGCUGUGGUCAAUGUGGGAAGAGUUUUGGUAGAUCUGGAGUGCUGAUAGUACACCAGAGAACACACACAGGAGAGAAACCUUAUAGCUGUGUUCAAUGUGGGAAGUGUUUUGGUCAAUCUUUCCAUCUGACUCAACACCAGAGAACACACACAGGAGAGAAAUCGUAUAGCUGUGGUCAAUGUGGGAAGAGUUUUGGUGGAUCUGGAGUUUUGACAGUACACCAGAGAACACACACAGGGGAGAAACCUUACAGCUGUGAUCAAUGUGGGAAGAGUUUUGCUACAUCUAGCACUCUGACUCUACACCAAAGAAUACACACAGGAGAGAAACCUUAUAGCUGUGAUCAAUGUGGGAAGAGUUUUGUUCAAUCUGGCCAUCUGGUAUCACACCAGAGAACACACACAGGAGAGAAACCUUUUAGCUGUGAUCAGUGUGACAAGAGAUACUUUGAUGAAAGAUCUCUGAUCAAACAUCAGAAAAUACAUGCAGUUAUUUCGUGAUAUCAAUUAAAAAAUGUCACAAUGUAGAAUGUUUUAACAUUAUAGUAGGAGUAUUUUAAGGAAUUUCACAAUGUAGAAACCUAAACGUUUGCCCCAUACAAUAUAUUUCAGCGUGAUAUGGAUAUUAGCCUUGGGAAAAAUCCAGGCUCUGAAUUGAAAAAGUACUAUUUAUGCGAUUUAACAAAAAGUGACUAACACAAAAAGAGCUGUGUUACACUUACCACGUUGGUGACCCACUUGAAUCAAUAUGCAACACUUCAAAAUGUAGCUCGCUGUUUUCUACAAAUUGUCCUCUAACCAGUGAUGUACACAUUAUUACCAGAUUCCGUGUGGUUUUUGAGCUGUUAGUUGUAACAGGACGUGCAACCUCAUCUCCCUCCUCUCGGCACAAUUGAUUUCAACAUGAUAUUGAUGAGUGAUGACAAAUAAGUGUUGCGUUCCUUUGUUUAGCGACCCUUAAAUUUAAAUGCAUCACUCCAAAAUGUAGCUGACUGUCUUCUGCAGGUUGUCCUCUAACCAGUGUGUUUUCCAUGUUUUUUUCUAGUUGUUAGUUUCAACAGCACGAACAACCUGAUUUUCCCCCUAAUUGAUAUCAGUGAUUUAUUGCUACUUGUCAAAACAACGGCGUUCCUGGUGCUUGUUUAAAAAAAGUUAUAUGAUUAUUGUGGUGGACGUUUGUGUAUAUAGCACAUGUUAUGUUUAGGUUUUCAAUUUAUCCCAAACUGUUUCUGCACAUUGGUUAUUGAUUUAUUUAUUGAUUUGGACAUUGGGAUAUCCCACCUAGCAAAAUGUAAUUGAAAAGACGUUGAAAAUAAGACUAUGCAACCAAAUACUUUAUUUAUUUUUUUACAUUUCAUGAAAUAUUUAGUAAUGAUAAUUAUUCAUGCAACCAACUGACAAUUUUUUGGUACAAUUAUAUUGACAUUGUUGCCCUGCUUAAAGAAUAUCAGGGUUAAUUCUCAUAUGUGCCAAACCAAAUGUACUAGAGCAUGACAUUGGGGACUGGGUCCCGAUCCAACAACAUACCUUAUCUAUUGAACCCUGAAAAGAGAGAAGUUCUGCAGUGAGGUGUAAAGUUACUACGGAUAUUGCAGGAGUUUCCCCUUGAAAUAAAACAUCUCUGUGGUAAGGACAACUUGGUUGCUGUUUGUCUCAAGGGUGGGCAGUGGAAAAGUUUUGUGUUUUGCAUUUAGCCAGUGCGUUGCCAUUUAUUUUGACUGCACAUUUUUCCGUAUUGGAGAUGAGUUUUGUUUGGGCUCGUUCCAAGGGGACGAGAGUUCCCGACGCUAGUGAGUUUUUUAGGAAGACAACAGUUCUAGACACUAGUAAGUUUUAGGGUUUUUUUUUUCUUGUUUUUAAUUUUUCACAGCCAGUGUUUAUAUUGGUGAAGUUGGAGCAUUGUAGUUGAUUAUAAUGUGAAAUGGAAGUGGUUUUCUGUUGGUGGUAAGCAUUCUCUUAAGGGGGAAGGUGUUUUUGUUUUUCCAUUUAUGGGCAGAUUUAGUGGGUGUCUUCUAUGUCCCAGUUGUUGUUACUAGUCAACUUUGAGUGGACACUGAGAGCAAAACUGAAACAUUAUGUUAUAAUACUUUUAUUAUAUCAAAUGGUUGUUUUAUGCAACAGAAUAGAGGGUUCUUAUAACUAUUGUGUCUACUGAGGAUGGGCCUCUGGGAGAAACACUGACAGGAGAUUUACAAUGUCUUUUGGGUGAUAAAACCUAAAGAGACCACAUUCCAGAGCAUGAGUUAAUGUUUCUGUUCUAUAUGGUACCAGGGAGAGAUGACCUCAGGGUUAGACCCUGGACUCUACACAAAUAGUACUCUUUUUACAGCAGAUACUGUCUGCUGAGAAGCAAAUCUUAAUAUUGUGACCCAUUUUAUACUUCUCUUGUUUGUCAUGUAGAUUGAAAGGGGUGUGUCUUGGCUGUAAAAGACCUAUGAAUCAUCUGGGGGUGAUUCGUCGACCAGCCAUCAUUAUCGUAGAGCACUCAAUUGAUUCACUUUAUAUGUGUGCGUUGUCUUGACCUGCUCCCUUAUUAUUAAGCAAAUAAAGAUUUAGUUCAAGUAUAACUCUGACUUGAGUGAUACAUUGGUCACCUCAUUUGAUAUCAAAGAAAUCAACAACCACGUUUGGCGAUGGGGACGUGAAUCUUGACUUGGUGACUGACGACCUGGCUAAAUGGUGCACGAGAGAUCCCUCUAACUUGGGAUCUCAGGGAGACCACACUUCGGGAACGGAGCAGAUGAACCCACCUUUGAUCUGAGUGGAUACCACAACUCAAACCUAGUUUUUUAAAAAAGAAAGAGGUGAGUGAAACACGCAAUGUGUAGUUUUUAGAAAAGCCUCAUAGGCUCUGAGUGUGUAUUCCUGUGUGGAGGUGUAAACAGGGCCCAGUCAGGAGGCUCUGAGGGUGAGUCAGCUAUCUGUGUGAACUGGAUGAAAACUAGAAUCUGUGUUUACUAGUUACCAUUUAUGAUAUAGUAGAAGAUAGGAUGGUGCACCUGUAAUUGUUUUAAAUCUGGAACCCAUUUUAGAAGUAUUGAAAGAUGUAAAUGUAUGAGUUACAUUAUCCUAGAAACUAACCAUGAGAUAGAAAUGUGAAAAUAUUCCUGCAGGUUAAAAUAUUGUUGAAAAACAACUAACUGAUUAGGUAUGUUAGGGAAUAGCAUUGUGUGACUGUGAUAUGAGAGUUGUGUGACUGAUAUGAGAGCUCGGAGCUCUAUAGUUCCUCACAGAUCUAUAGUUCCUCACAGAUCUAUAGUUCCUCACGGAGAUCUAUAGUUCCUCACGGAGAUCUAUAGUUCCUCACGGAGAUCUAUAGUUCCUCACGGAGAUCUAUAGUUCCUCCUAGAGAUCUAUAGUUCCUCCUAGAGAUCCAUAGUUCCUCCUAGAGAUCCAUAGUUCCUCACAGAGAUCUAUAGUUCCAUAGUUCCUCACAGAGAUCUGUAGUUCCUCACAGAUAUCUGUAGUUCCUCACAGAGAUCUGUAGUUCCUCACAUAGAUCCGUAGUUCCUCCUAGAGAUCCGUAGUUCCUCCUAGAGAUCCAUCCGUAGUUCCUCCUAGAGAUCCAUCCGUAGUUCCUCCUAGAGAUCCAUCCGUAGUUCCUCCUAGAGAUCCAUCCGUAGUUCCUCCUAGAGAUCCAUCCGUAGUUCCUCCUAGAGAUCCAUCCGUAGUUCCUCCUAGAGAUCCAUCCAGAUCCAUCCGUAGUUCCUCCUAGAGAUCCAUCCGUAGUUCCUCCUAGAGAUCCAUCCGUAGUUCCUCCUAGAGAUCCAUCCGUAGUUCCUCCUAGAGAUCCAUCCGUAGUUCCUCCUGGAGAUCCAUCCGUAGUUCCUCCUGGAGAUCCAUCCGUAGUUCCUCCUGGAGAUCCAUCCGUAGUUCCUCCUGGAGAUCCAUCCGUAGUUCCU